UUUUUUCAUCUCUUUCUCUUUAUUCGACCCUUCAGUUUGCUUACGGCUUCAGAAAACGUAACUCCCGAAAUCCCACCCACCUGCAGUAUCAAAUAUGACCACUAUUUCCUCAACCUUUGUCUGCCCACUCCCUUUUUCUUUGCCUCUUUCACUAUUCCCUCUCCUCGACUCAUGCAGCCUGAAUAUGGCAUUCAGACGUGGCCGUUGUGUCUGCGAAGCGUCGUUGUUGAGCAGCAGCCGGCAACUCUAAUCCAUGAAGUAGAAGAGAAUUCCCACUCCAACGGGUGA